CCUAUAUAUUUGUAGAUGCAGAAGAAGUUUUUGUUCAGUAAGCUGGAAGGAAGCCUAAGCCUGCAGAGACCUCUAUACAAAGACCAAGAAAUUUAAUCAAGUUGUGCAACAAGGAAGUUAAUGGCAAAUAAGCUCAGGUUGGAGGGUAAAGUAGCUGUAAUAACCGGUGCUGCAAGUGGCAUUGGUGAAGCAACUGCAAGAUUAUUCGUUGAACACGGGGCUCGUGUGGUUAUUGCCGACAUUCAAGAUGAGCUUGGUUUCCAAGUUGUGGCCUCCAUCGGAACAGACAAGGCCUGCUACCGCCACUGCGACGUCACCGACGAGAAACAAGUCGAGGAAACUGUUGCCUAUGCUGUCGAAUAUUACGGCGCCCUCGACAUCAUGUUCAGCAACGCAGGCACUCUCGGCGCCCCAGGCAGCAUUCUCGGGAUGGAUAUGAAGGUAUUUGACAGGACAAUGACUGUUAACGCGCGUGGAUCCGCGUUAGCGGUCAAGCAUGCAGCUAGAGUCAUGGUAGCUAAAAAAGUACGCGGGUCCAUUAUAUGCACGGCAAGCAUAGAGGCUAUUCUAGCUGGGGAAGCUCCAUUAACCUACGUGGCGUCGAAGCACGCCAUUUUAGGCGUGGUGAAAGCGGCUGCACGUGAGCUGGGGCAACAUGGAAUAAGGGUGAAUUGUGUAUCGCCUUAUGGCAUCGCUACGCCCAUGGUAUGCAAAAUGUAUGGCUGUGAUGCUGCCCCCCUUGAAGCUUCAAUAUCUGGAUAUGCUAACUUGAAAGGUGUUACGUUGAACACAAAACACAUCGCUGAAGCAGCACUUUUCUUGGCGUCAGAUGAAUCAGUUUAUGUUAGUGCUCAUAAUUUGGCUGUCGAUGGUGGUCUCAGCUCUAUUAUGAAGCUACAUUAAAUCCACUUGUUAAUAUGCAAUACAUUUUCUUAAUAAAUGCUGCUCUCUGUC